AUGACGCUAGGCACGGAGCUGUUGAGAGUGCUCACCACCGGCGACGCGGCCCGUUUGAAGGAGCUAUUGCGCAGCGAAGGCCGCCCGCGAGCCGACGGCCACGUCGCAAUUGAAGUCAACGGCGCCUCCACGGGUGCAGCGCCGUCGCCGGUGAGGACGGGCUGCCUCCUCGGCGUGACGAGCAACGGGAACACGGCGCUGUACCUUGCCGCCAGCCGCGGGCACGCCGAGCUCGCGGCGCUCGUCGGCGAGAGGGCGCCCUCGCUCGUUGCCACGCGCAACGGGGGCCUCGACACGCCGCUGCACUGCGCGGCCAAGGCCGGGAGCAGGGACGUGGCGGCCUGCCUCCUGUCGCUGAUGCGCGCCGCAGCCGCCGAUAUGGGUCAGGAAAUUACUGAACCGGGAGCCGGUUGGUUCAACGUUGCUUACCAGAGUUGA